AUGGUGUACAAAAAGGUUUGUUAUGAUUUACACUGGGGAGAGAAAUGUCUCGCGAGCUAAGCAACUGGCAAGAACUAUUAGAUUCCUUCACGGAAACUGGAGUAAGACAAGGGAAAGUCAGUAAAAUUCAUCAGACUAGAAACAAUAAUGCUGAGAGAAUUAAAAUUCUUCUCGAAGAUGAGGAAUUACGAGUUGUUCUGCUCAAAUGGAUGAAUCAUCAGGUGAAACAUCAAAGAAGUCUAGAAGCUGCCAUUUGUUUUAGAGAAACAGGAAACAGACAGUUUUCUUUAAAAGAUUAUGCAACCUGCAUAGAAUUGUACUCACAGAGCAUUCUCAGUUGCCCUGUGGAAAAUGAAGUUGAAUGCAGCUUGGCGCAUGCAAAUCGUUCUGCAGCACUAUUCCAAUUGAAUCUAUUUGAAGAUUGCCUACAUGACAUUGGUAUGGCACUAAUGAAGAAUUAUCCUAAUCAUCUGCUGCCUAAAAUCCUUACAAGAAAAAUUAAAUGCUUGCGAAAAUUGGGCCUUAUGGAAGAUUGCCAGACAACACUAGAAGAGUUAGAAGCAGCAUUGAUGCAUUUACAAGUUUCGGAGAAAAAUAAAAUCAAAUCAGACAUUAAAGUAGUGAUGAUGGAUCACCAAGACAAUGAAAAUAUUCAAGAUAGAGACUUGGGGUUUGGUGAUAGGAUCAUACCUUUCUGUGGAGAGAAUCUGUCUUUUAAAGGAGCUAGUGCUGCCCUAGACAUCAGGCACUCCAUGGAGAAAGGUCGUUAUGUUGUAGCAAACAGAGAUAUUAUGGCAGGGGAAACUCUUUUUGUGGAACAGCCUAAUGCCCUGGUGGUUCUGUCAGACUUCCAGACUGCGCGUUGCCAUCAUUGCACCCGUGAGAUGCCACUAAAGCGAUACCCUUGUUUGUCUUGUGGCAAAAUCUGGUUUUGUAGCAAUGCCUGCCGUCAGGAAUCGUCUUGCUACCAUACCUUUGAAUGCGGACUUGAAUCCAUAUUAAAUUCCGUCGGUAUUGCACACCUGGGAGCGAGGAUAGUUGUUUCGUAUGGGCUAGAAACAGUAUUAGGUUUUCUUAAAGAUGCGGAAAGUGUGAAGAAAGUUCCCGGUAUCGAAAGCACCUAUGACACAAAAAGUUAUCAGGUCAUGUUCCAUCUGGUCUCGCAUACUGAACGAAUGGCACCUGAUGAGCUUUAUCAAUACGCCUUGACUGCCGCCUUUUUAACGUUACUGCUGGAGCAACAUACUAAGUUUUUCCAGUUUGCUUCUCAGGAAGCUCGUUAUUUAGUUGGCGGGCUGAUUUUGGUGCACGUCUGCCAAAUGGUUAGCAAUGCUCACGCCAUUACCGAACUGUGCGCUUUAGAUGAGACCAAUGAAAGGCAAGAGAGAAUCGCGACAGCUAUUUAUCCUUCCGCCAGUUUGAUGAAUCACAGUUGCGAUCCUACCGUCAUCAACAGUUUCCAAGGCAGUACACUGAUAGUCCGUGCCAUCCGGGAAGUUCGACAAGGGGAAGAAGUGUUCAACUGCUACGGGCCGCACUAUCGUCGAAUGAGAAGGACUGAGAGGCUUGAACUUCUGGAAUCACAGUAUUCCUUUGUUUGUACCUGUGAACAUUGCCGUGAUGCAAAUACUGAGGAUUUUCAAGACGUGAUAUAUUCAUUCGCAUGUCCAUCUUGCAGCGGAUCUCUUGUCAACCCGAACGGAAGUCAGCCCUCUGCACAGUAUCAGAUGACCCUGUGUAGAUCAUGCAGAACGCAUCAAAGCUAUUUCACUCAACUGAAGGCGGAUUUAGAAGCAGUAUCGCUGGAUGCUAGAGGAACAGAAGCGAUGGAUCAGGGUGACAUAAUGGAAGCCAUCAAACUGUUAACUAAAUGUGUCCAAUUGCGAAACAAAGCAUUGUUCAAAGGACAUCCAGAUUUAGGAAAGAGCGCCGAUAAGUUAGCCCAGUGUUAUGCUUUCAUAGGAAAGUAUGAAGAAUGCGAAAAGAUGUUACGAAUCUCUCUUACUGCUGUUGAGCAGCGGUAUGGUAAGUACAGCAUUGAGAUGGCAAACGAAUUACAAAAAUUCACGGAUGUUUUAAUGGAGCUGGCUUCAAGCAAAAACCAAGAGCUGCGAGACGAGCUGGUGAGGCAUUUGGAAGAGGCCAUGUUCAUUUACCGCAUCCACUUUGGUCCUUGGAGUCACAGUUACAAAGAGUUGCAACGUAAAAAGGUCCAUUUGACUUCCCUGUUGAUGAAGUGAUCUAGAGUUGGUCUCACAAAAAGGCUCCGUCAAUACAAUAAUUAUUUCGGUAUA